GGAACAGCGUACUGGCCGGGCAGGUGAGAAAACUGAGGCUCAAAGAGGCAAAGGGACUGUGCAUGUGGUGGCUGCUGCUUCUUCCCGUGGGCUUUGGGGCCUGGGAGCCUUUCUCUUUAGGCUGCACACUUUCCCUCUUUCGCUCCCCACACGAAGUUAGUGCGUGUUCGUGGGGUUGUGAGCCCAAAGCAAACCCAGGAGCGCCAUCUGCAGGUCUUGAGAGGAAGAGACUGACCUUCUGGGCUGAACCCUGAGCCUUCAGUCUCCUGCCCAAGUGGAUUAAGCGGAUCAGGCUCAGGAGGAUCAAGGAAGGAGGGCAAACGCCAGGAUUCCAGCAAACCGACCUCUAAGAGUGGGAGGCUCAGAACCCUUUAGGGCCAAGCCUGGCCCGAGCCCUGCCGAGAAUUAAGGGCGCUUCGAAAACCCGGGUGCAAGAGGCCCACUAGGAGUCUCUUGACUGAGUUGGGCGGGUGCAGCCCCCAUUCUGGCUGUUUCCUGGGCUCGCGCCAGCGGGACAGCGGCACGAGUCCGCGGAGCUUCUGCGGACGCCUGGGACGCCAGGAGCCAGAGGCGCCACGAGCCCGGGUGGCAAGAGCGUAGCGCGCGGGCUUCCCUGAGCCGCCCUUCGUAGACCCAGGGAAGCGGGGGGAGGGAGCUAAGGAGGAAGAGAGAGUUAAAACAUCAGCUGAAGUGCCAAGAUGAUUUAUGAGACGAGGGAAAAUAUUUCAUAAAGAUUUCUCGGAUAUUCUGUACUUAACCAGUUAGGAGACAAAGGGCUUCUCCUGCCUGGUGCUUGCGAGCGGACCAGAGCGGGCGAAAGAGCGAGUGCAGACGCGGGCUGCGGAGGCUGGGCCAGCGGCUCCGGUAGGAGCGGGGCCAGGCCGAGCGCGCUGCGCCUCCUGCGCCAGCUCCCGAUCGGCGAGCUGGCAGCGGGCGGCGCUCAGCCUCGUUCCGCAGCCUCUUCUCCCCAGCCGGGGAGAGCCAGCCUUGGUCUUCCGUCCUCUGCCGUGAGGGACCAGUCACUCUGCACUGUCUCCCUCCCCAAGCUCUUCUCCCUGGCCACCCGAGGGUCCAGGAGCCAAGUCUCCGGGCUGUCCCACUAUCCGUUGUGUCCCACUGAGGCAGGUGGGUCCUCUUGCCGGAGGUCUCCAGUUUCAUUCUAAACCGAGCGUUCUGUGCUGCCCAGACCCCGAUGGACAAGGGGAAAAGGGAAGCCCUGUGCGCAGCCGCGCGUGGGACUGGAGAAGAUAAAAUGCCGGGCACUUGCCCCGGAAUGAGAAUUGGGGGUGCAUGGAUGGGGAGGUACCUCAGGAGGGAAAGGCUUAAGGGGAGGACUAGAGAGAGGAAGGAAGAACCAGGAAGGAACGGAAGGGAACUCAGCUGAGAGCAGGAGGGUUAGGACUAGGGAUGCGGACCAGGCUCGGGGCCGUGUGGCCCACGCGGGCGCUGGCCGGUGGCUGGCAGGGCUGGGUGAGUUGGGACUGCGAGCCCGGCUUCCGAGCACGGCACGCUCCGAGGCCCUCUGUCGUUGCCUGAAUAUUCAUUAGACCUGGCGCUCUUUAUCCUUAUCUAACGUUUAUCUUAUCGGCGAGUUUCGUUUCUCAGUGUAGUUUUAAUCCUGGGCUCCCCUUUCUCCUCCCCCGGCCCUCUCCCCUCCCUCCCUCUUCCUUCGCCCGCUGCUCCCUCCCACCUCCCGUUUCCUCCCCUCCCCUACCCUCGCCGGCACCGGAGUGACAGGCGCGGGGCCCUCCUCGCCUAAGCUCGGGGCUCCAGCGUUGGCGAAUCACAGAGUGGUGGAAUCUAUUGCCUUUGUCUGACAAGUCAUCCAUCUCCCGGCGCGGGGAGAGGGAGGGGGUCUGGAGGGGGCUUUGCAGCUUUUAGAGAGACACACACGGGGAGCCAAGGCUCCAGUCUCCGGCCGAGUCUUCUCGCAGCCGCAACCCACCUGGGGCCAGCCCAGUGCUGCUGCGCCGCUCGCCUCCCUCCCUUCCUCUCGGCCCUUCACCGCGGCAGCGGGCGUCUGCCUUUUCCGGGGGCGGGGGCCCGGCUAGCGCUCUCCCCUCCCGAAGGCUCCCGCUCGGACAUCCCGAGGAUUGCUACUUCUCUGCCAACUUCGUCAACUCACCGGCACUUGCAGCGGCCCGGCUCCCUGCCUGGCGCCCUCGGGCCGCCCCCCGCACCUCGCCCUCUCCGACUGUCUUUCGGAUGACCGGGUUCCACCGGAGCUGAGCGAGCCGUCUCCCCCGCCCAGCCUUAGCUCUGGCCUCAGCUGCCUCUCGUGCCAUGCGCCCCCAGACCCCCCCGGCCCGGCCCGCCGCCCCGGGGCCGUUCUGCUGACCGGCCAGCCCUGCGCCCCGACGGUGGGAAGUUGCGGCCUCAGCGGUUGCAAGCUCCGGCCGACCGGGGAAGAGUCCCCGCGGGGAGCGCAGCGCGGCGCCACCCGCCCGCGCGAGCCCCGCCGCAGCAGGGCGUCCGCUCACCACCACCCCUCUCCACGUCCCUCCUUUUUCUCCUCAAGUCCUGAAGUUGAGUUUGAGAGGCGACACGGCGGCGGCGGCCGCGCUGCUCCCGCUCCUCUGCCUCCCCAUGGAUAUGCACUGCAAAGCAGACCCCUUCUCCGCGAUGCACCCAGGGCACGGGGGUGUGAACCAGCUUGGGGGGGUGUUUGUGAACGGCCGGCCCCUGCCCGAUGUAGUGAGGCAGCGCAUCGUGGAGCUGGCCCACCAGGGUGUGCGGCCCUGCGACAUCUCCCGGCAGCUGCGGGUCAGCCACGGCUGUGUCAGCAAAAUCCUGGGCAGGUACUAUGAGACUGGCAGCAUCAAGCCCGGAGUCAUCGGUGGCUCCAAGCCCAAAGUGGCAACGCCCAAAGUCGUGGACAAGAUUGCUGAAUACAAGCGACAGAACCCGACUAUGUUCGCCUGGGAGAUCCGAGACCGGCUCCUGGCUGAGGGCAUCUGCGACAACGAUACAGUGCCCAGUGUCUCUUCCAUCAACAGGAUCAUCCGGACCAAAGUUCAGCAGCCUUUCCACCCAACGCCAGAUGGGGCCGGGACGGGAGUGACUGCACCUGGCCACACCAUCGUUCCCAGUACGGCCUCCCCUCCUGUUUCCAGCGCCUCCAACGAUCCAGUGGGAUCCUACUCCAUCAACGGGAUCCUGGGGAUCCCUCGCUCCAAUGGCGAGAAGAGGAAACGUGAUGAAGAUGUGUCUGAGGGCUCAGUCCCCAAUGGAGACUCCCAGAGUGGUGUGGACAGUUUGCGGAAGCACUUGCGAGCUGACACCUUCACCCAGCAGCAGCUGGAAGCUUUGGAUCGGGUCUUUGAGCGUCCUUCCUACCCUGACGUCUUCCAGGCAUCAGAGCACAUCAAAUCAGAACAGGGGAACGAAUACUCCCUCCCAGCCCUGACCCCUGGGCUUGAUGAAGUCAAGUCGAGUCUAUCUGCAUCCACCAACCCCGAGCUGGGCAGCAACGUGUCAGGCACGCAGACAUACCCUGUUGUAACUGGUCGUGACAUGGCGAGCACCACCCUGCCUGGUUACCCCCCUCACGUGCCCCCCACUGGCCAGGGAAGCUACCCCACCUCCACCCUGGCAGGAAUGGUGCCUGGGAGUGAGUUCUCCGGCAACCCGUACAGCCACCCCCAGUACACGGCCUACAACGAGGCUUGGAGAUUCAGCAACCCCGCCUUACUAAUGCCGCCCCCCGGGGCUCCGCCCCUGCCGCUGCUGCCGCUGCCUAUGACCGCCACUAGUUACCGCGGGGACCACAUCAAGCUGCAGGCCGACAGCUUCGGCCUCCACAUCGUCCCUGUCUGACCGCCAGCCCCGGAGGGAGGGCGCACCGACGCGACGCCCCCGGGCCACCGCCCCAGCCCCACCCCUAUACCAGGACCCCUGCAGCCCUUCACGUCACCCCGUCCACGGCCGGACAGGAAGCGUGGAGCCGCGGGCGGGACCCUUAGGGCCGGGCCUGCCGCCCCCAGCCCCGCCCGCCGCCCCUCCCCGCCUGCCGGAACUGCGCCGUUCCGCCGGGAGGGCCGAACCCAACGCCUCGGCCUCGCCCGAGCCAGUCCCGAAGGGGACCAGCCGCCCCGUCGGACUCUGGCCAGGCCGGCCGCUGCGCUCGGGGGACACGUUUCUGUGACACACAAUCAGCGCGGACUGCAGCGCGUCCCAGCCCGGGAGCAGCUCUCCUCGGCCGCCCUGGCGCCGGGAGGCUUCGCUGGAGGGACUGGGCAAAGGAAAUAAACAAAACGGUUUUCUGCAGAAGGAGGAAGAAUCUCCUGCCUAACCUUCGGAGAGAAGUCCUUAACCCCCGCGCCAGCUGGACUGCCCCCACCUUCCAAUGUGCCCUGCUCCAGCAGGUGGAAUGGCAUGGGGGCCGGGCGUUAGGAUCGCGGGUUGGGGUCGUCAGGUCUUUCCAAAGUUGGGACCAAAGACACACAGGUCCCAGCAGCUCGCGCCCACCAAGUCCGACUCCUGGCUCUUCCCUGCUCCACCUGAACUGCACGGUUCCCCAGGGCCCAGGCAUCCCUGCUAGUGACCAGACUCUCAGCCCCACCCUGCCCCUACCUCAGUGUCUCAACAGUCCGCUGAUCUCCCCGUUUCCCCUCCUUUUCCCAUCCCACGACGCUCUGCAUCUCUCCUCCCUAACUCAUCGCCCCAUGCGAGGCUCUCCCUUGCCUGCUGCAGAACCAAUUUCCGUAGGCCGCGGGGCGCUGGUCUUCCCCGAACAGUUACUUGAUGUCCCCUCUCCCGACAACCUCUCAAUCUGCCAGUGGUAGGAGCAGGUUCUGAGCUGGCGUCUGAGCUGGGGCGGGGUGGAAGUGGGGGGCUGCCCCACACCACCCUCACACACCACCCCCCAGCCACCCCCAGCCUCCUCCUCCAGCAGGAACCGAACAGAACCGCAAGAAUUACAUUUAUUUAAUAUGAUGGUCUUUGAAAAAAGGGAAAAAAACAAUACAAAAACCCAACAGGCUGCUGCUUUAUAGGAAGACGGUGUGCCGUGUGAAGGCGAAAACCCGUGUAUAUAACCCCGCCCCGCCCGGUAGAGUCCCCGCUGCCCGCCCGCCUUGCCUGUAGAUACGCCCCUCUGUCCGUGCUGUGAGAGUCGCCGCUCGCUGGGGGAAGGGGGGGACACAACUACACGCCCACUAAAGCACAGCACGUCCUGGGGGAGGGGGGGCAUUUUUUUAUGUUACAAAAAAAUUACGAAAGAAAAGAAAUCUCUAUGCAAAAUGACAAACACGGUCCUGUGGACUCCUCUCGCCUCUGUUUUGUCGGCUAUUUCUCUGUGAUUCCGUGUUUUCGCUCUCCCCCGCAUCUCUGCCCUCUCUCCAUCCCUCUCUUCGCUUCUCUCCCCCUCUGUCUCUCUCCGUCUCUGUCCCUCUCGUCUCUCUGUCUCUGUCCCUUCGUCGGCCUCUCCCCCCAGCUCUGCUCCGGCCGCCUGGCCCUCGCAGGCUAGCUCCGAGGGGGCCUCUCCGCCCGGGCCUGCCCCCUCGCGGCCGCGCCCGCGCGCCCUGGGUCGCCCGCCCCGCCCCGUAGUUGCUCUCUCUCGGUAGCGGCGAUGCGCCCUGCAUGUCUCCUCACCCGUGGAUCGUGACGACUCGAAAUAACAGAAACAAAGUCAAUAAAAGUGAAAAUAAAUAAAUAAAUAAAAAUCCUUGAACAAAUCCGAAAAGGCUUGGAGUUCUCGCCCAGAUCUCUCUCCCCUUCGAGCCUUUUUUUAUUUGAAAAGGAAAACGAGAAAAGAGACUGGUUUAAGGGAACAGCCGGCGCCCAGCCAGGUUCCUGUGGCCCGAGCGGGGCGGCGAGGGCGCCGAGGUUCGAACUCCGAGGCCCGGUCCAUUCCAGUCCUUGUGGAGCUGGCCGGGCAGGGCCCCAUAACCAGGACCAGCCGAACCCUCCAGAGAUCCCCGAUAGCUCUGGUCUCCUUGGCCACUUUCAGCGCUUCGGUUCGUUU